CGCUGAUUUUACCUUACUGUUUAAACCUGAACAUUUAUUUUCUGUUCAAAUACUUCCUGAUUACGUUUUGAAUAAAAUUCGGUUUUUAAAAUAUUAUGUUUAUCACAUUAUUUGUUGGUUUGGAUAUAUUUCACGUUACAAUGAUGGAUCCCUUAAAUGAGUGUACAUGUGCUCUAGCUGAUUGUGCCGCAUACGAGGACGUGCUCGGAUUAGCACCAUGUCCGCCUCCAGGCUUCUAUAGUGAAUUCGCCAGUUACGCACUCGGUGAAGCACUUUGCCCGUCUGAAAUCUGUAAAAUUGCAAAGAGAUGUAUGACAACAUUUCAAACAGAUGUCUCAUCGCAGAUCAUACAGAGUAUUUGUAACCCUGCAACCAGCACGACAACGACAACGUCGACAAACUUUACAGUAACACCGACUAAUUUCACAGAGACUUCGUAUACAUCUAUCACAACGCCGACUAAUUUGACAACGACUGUUGAUUUAUUGACAUCGAGGUCCACUAUAGCUCCAGUGAUAGCUUCCGACUGGGUUCCAUUUCUGAUCGGGACCUUAAUCGCCGUCGUCGCUGUCAUCAUCAUCGUCGUCGUCAUUGUGGUUAUCAAGCGGAGAUGCACAGCUAGACUAUACCAGGUAGCGUCUUUAAGAUGUUCCAACACGAUUUGUUCAUGUGUAAAAGAAAAUGACCACCGGACAGGAAUAUUUGCCAUUGAAGACCAUGUUUGUAAUAUUGCAUAUUUUGAGGCUAAAACAGAUAAUGAACGAUUUAGCGCAGAAAUAUGUUUCAAAAGAGAUGAAGUGCGAGAGAGUAUGAUCUUGAAACAAAACACUAAAAAGUUAAGCGUUCAUUUCACAAAUAAGACUGAACAAGGAUACGCUAAAACAAGUCAUGUGUCAGAGAGAAUUCUUUCGAGGGAAAUUCAAGAAAAUUUCGAAACGAGCGAAUGCCAUUCAAGUCAGACGCAAAUGGAAGCAUCCAAUGAGACCAGAUUGAAAGAAAACAAAGAAAAGAGUUUACACGAUGAUGAUGAUGAGGAGGGGGAGGAGGAGGAGGAUGACGACGAUGAUCAUGAUGACGAUUUUGACAAUGAUGAUGAUGAUAAUGAUGAUGAUGAUGAUGGUGAUGUUGUUGUUGAUGAUGAUGUUGAUGAUGAGAACAUUCAAGAAGACUCCGAAAGACUUGAAGGUAUUACAUAUAAAGAUAUUUCUAGUGAUGAAAAGGUAAAAGGAAGCACUGAGGACAGUGGGAUCACAUGUGCAUUUCGGAUCGAAAGAUACCAGUUUUAGAGAUACUUCAAGAAAACAUUGAAACAAGAGAAGAUCAAACCAGUAGUACAACUACACAGGCAUCAUGUGAAGAAGACGAAGCAGAAACUUCAGGAAGACUUGGAGAUGACAUUGAUGAGGCAAAUACUUCAGUAACAGUCACAUCUUGUACAUUGACAAACGAAUCAGACUAGCAAAAAUAUGAUAAUUCAGAUUAAAAUAUAAUGCCUGAAAGCAACAUUUGUAGUGAUAUUGAAACAAUGGUUAGUAAGACAGAUACCGUUGUAAUCAAAUUGUAAUGGAAAACAUGCAGAAAGUAUUACAAUGGCUGAAUGUAAAAUAACUAAUUUUCAAGCAAAUACUUUUUUAAAAACUGAUAUGCAAAACGGUACUGGAGAUACGUAGGCGUUCAAAGGAUAAACGAAUUAAACAGCGGAUUAAUGGUAAUUAUACAUAAAGAUAAAUACUAAAAAAAGGUGAUUUGACGCUACUUUCACAAUGUAAACUUUAAUUGUCGUGACUGAUUUGUCCCAUUUUGUUUUAUUUUUCCGCCCAGCGACCCCGCCAUCCGAAAACACAAGAUUUUAGAAAUUUAAAAGGGCGGGAGCGCUUAGGGAAAAGCUCGCUUCAAACAAUGGGGUAUCGUAACAAAUCACGCCCGUCAGAGUUGACGCUAUACUCAUAAUACUGUAUUUACAAUGAAACGUCUUCUAGAAGAAUCUUUGGAACACCUUCCUAUGAAAUUGUAACCAUGCCAAAAGUUUUAUACGCUUUUGUUAUGAAGUGACACAAAGAAAUACGUUGCAAUACUCUACGAAGCAAAAUCUCUUUCCAUGGUAAUCUUAAAAUGUGCUUGCGAUGUUAUUCUUUAUUGAAAUAUUUAAUCUUAUUUGCAGUCUUAUUGAGUUACAAGCAGCGGUGGUAUAACUUGUUUAACACAGAAUUAUUUUGAACAGCGAAGUCUUUACACAUCCGAAGUCUUGGACGAGGAGCACAGUUUAAUGUAAAAAUAAUGCGUUUUAAAACAUAUGUGGAAUGUGAAAUAUACAGGAAAAUCUCUGAUAUUCUUCAAAUGUCCUGUACUGUAUUAGUAAUCAUAAACUUAACUUUUAACGAUGCAACCGUUCAUUAUGAUAGAUCCGGUUGUCGCAUUUAUACAGAAAUUAAAAGAGGUAAAUAGUGUGAAAAAAAUGUGUAAUCGAGUAAUAGCGGAUUCAAGUAGUUCUGUUGUUUUGCACUGUACAACAUUUUUCCUUAACUUCAUUGCAAUGUUGUUGUUUUUUUUUCUGAAAUCACAUAACAGGUCUAUGUUUUACAAAACAGAGUGUGUCACGGAAAUUUAAGUCAUACUCCACCACUACAAGUGGGGUUUGUUUUUGCAUAUUGUUUUUGAUUGACUAUUGUUCUUUGUUCAAGCACGACUCCACUUUUCUUUUUAUUUUUAUUCAGGAAUGUGCUUCAAAAAAGGUGUAAGUUGCAAACAUAUAAAAAGGGAUCUGGUGUGUUUUUCAGCCGCUGGAGUUUCUCAGUUUCAUAUAUAAUAACGAAAUCGAGCUAUUUAGUGGCUUUAUACGGUGUGAAAAUACCAAGUAUAGACGUGAAACUGAAAUUCCUGUUCACAAAAUCUUUGGAAUAUGAACAGAACUGAACAAAAUUUUAUUACAGACUGGUACAUGGUGCAUGUUAUGUCUAAUCUGGAAUCGUUAAUAUAUGCAGCUGUUAAGGUUAUUCAGAGCUAUCGCUUUGCUAAUUGCAGUAUUUAAUGGCCUACUGAAGAAAGUUUGUACGAAAAUACCCAUGGAAAAUUUUACUGGAAGGUCUUGACCAGGCCCGACUUCUUAACAUGCGUUCGUUUCGAGGUGACAAUGCAAUUGGUCCCAUUUAAUGUGUGUUUAUUACAGUGCCGCCCAUUUCGAAGGGCUUCUGAGACACCUUUGCGCUGUGCAUAUUCAUUUAUAUAAUCCCAGGCACCAGGAGGAAGGUUAUCAGUACUCAUUAUUUAUCUAACUAGUGACUCACCUACCACAUCGGAACGGAUCACAGUGGGAUGUGUACGUUUGACCUGUUCUUACGGUGGUACAGGGGUGACAUAGAUGUUUUUAUACUUAAACGUGCCAUGUAAUAAUUAAUACGUGCGCACGUAUUAGUAUAAAAACAUCAGCGCAUAUAUUAGCACGUGCGCAGAUGGGUUUUUUAUACCAGUACAUACGUAUAUGUUUUUAAACUAAUAGGCACGCAAGUAUUAAGUAAUACGUGCACACGUAAUAAGUUAUACGUACGCAGAUGCCCUUUUCAACUAACACGUGCGCACGCAAUAACUAAUACGUGCGCGCGUAUUCCUUAUUACGUGCACACGUAUUAGCAUUAAACAUCUACUAGUAUGUCACCUCUGUACGAGCGUACGUUCCUGAGGCGAAUACCUUAACCACUAGACCAUAGUACGUAUCAAAAACUUUGGAAUUGGAAUUCUGCCGAUGACUUAACAUAUCUGUUCGCAAUCGCUUGAAGAAACCUGAAAACAUGUAACGGAAACAUAAUUAUCAUGACACACUGACUAUAAGGUGACAAUGGUUUUCAUAUUGUAUAUACUUUUGUUGAUAUUCAACUGUCGAGCAUCAGCUUAAACGUGCUACAGGAGAGGUAAAACUGUAAUCGAUAGAAAUCAUUUUAUUAAUUCAUACUAUAUCUUAAAAAUCAAAAUUAUUUAUAUAUCAGUUUAACAAAUAUGACGCUGAUUAGAGGCGGACCAUUUGAACUUCUUGGAGGGGUUGUGCUGGCUUUUUUCUUGAAAAAAAGAAUUUUUAUGCUAAAAAAUCAGAAUGUUAUUUUUCAGAAUUUGAAGGCCAGAUUUUUUUCAGAUUAAAAACCAAAGACAUGUUUUCCAAACAUUUUUAGUGUACAUUUGUUAUCCAAAAACCAAUAAGGAACUAUGGGAGAUUUUACAUUUGUCAUGAUUGAGUGCUGAGGUAAUUACAAGCCUUUAGCGGGGUUUGAAACGUAUACCAAGCAAUAUUGACAGUUCCUGUGUUUCAAGUGGCCUGAUUGUAAUACUACGAUAUUUUUGUCUACACUUCAUUAUUCUUUUUAUCUUACAGUUCCUGUCGAAAUACAUUUCAGUUCAAUCUCAUAUCACAGUAGUAAAUAUAAUUAAGCUGCACUUCAGGGGGCUAGUCAGAUAAUGGCGUAAAGGAAAAUAAUCAUCAUUCUUUCAAAGUUAAUAUGACAUUUUCAUGUUUUAUUUAAGCCAGUUGCUGUUUUUAUUUCAUAGGGGAUAUGUACUUAACAUUUUGAUAGCUUUUUUCAAGAAUUUUGCAGUUUUAAUGUAAAAAAAAAUUAUUACCCAUAUUUUAGCUGUCAGUUUGGAUGACAACUAUCAAAUUUUCAGUUCAGAAUAAGUUUCAUGCCCAGAAUAAGUUUCUGUUAAGGAAGGGGGUCUUAUAUCUGAUUAGAGUUCCGUUAUACAAGCGGUCUGAUGACGAAAACGACAAUAACAAAAAUAAAAUAAAAACCAUUCUGAGUUUAGAAUCCAUUUACUCUCAGUCUCAAACAUAUAACCAUCAUCGAUCAUAACAUGUCCUUUUUCUGGUGUACACGUCAUUUCGCACCUCUCGCGAGACAGGAAAGCAUUGUCUCCGAACUUGUAAUAUUCUCCGGGACAGUCAUGAAUGUGUACACAUGUAUCGGAUCCAGAUAUCGAAAGUCUCAAAAUAGUGGUGGCAUAUUUCUGCCACGAGAUAGCUAGUUAGCUAUCACGAUAAUUAGUAAACUUUCCAGGAAAUGUGUUCCUUUUUCCUGAAAACAUUUCAGCAAAAAAUAAUAUUUUCUAGAUAUUUUUAUUCAUCUCCUGAAAAUGUUUUAGCGCAAAAUUUCGCGCUAAUGUUUGGAACUGUCACGAGAUGCUCGGUAACUAUCACGAUAAUAUUUUAAACUUACCAGCAAAGUAGUGCAUUUUUCUGAAAACAUUACCGCAAUCAAUUAUUUUUUCUCGAUAUGCCUUUUAUUUCAGGAAACUUGCGAUAAACUUUUCAGAAAAGUUCGAAAUAUUGAGAUAAUUUCUGAAAGUAUCGAGAAAGGUAAUCUACCUAAUAAAUGGCAGCUGUGGGCAGUUACACAAAAAGUAUCGAGAAAAUAAUGUGAAUUAUCGCAAUAAUAUUUCCUGGAAACCUUCAACUAUUCAGAUAAUCUUUUUAGAAAACUUUAUCACUUUAUCAAGAUAAUAUUUUUGAAGUAUCGCGAUAGCUACCUAGCUAUCUCGUGACAGAAAUAUACAAAUCAGACUGUUUGCUCAACAUAUUUCUUCAGGCAAACAGAAAACAAAUUUACAUAUUUUUAAGUACAGUUCGUUUUUGUAAACAUCAUGUUUGUAAACAUUAAAGGUUGCGUUUCGUAACCUUAACUCCGGCUGCCAUAUUUUAGUGUUUCUAGUAUAAGAAAAACAUGAGCUCAAGCUAAAACAAAACAUAAUCAAAAAGUAGAAAUGUCAUUUUGUAAGUAGAGAAAUUUUGGUCUGAAAACGUGUAAACACGGAUGACCUAGUAAUCGAACUGUAAUGCAAGUUGUAACAACAUUCAACAAUACGAAAACGUUAUUUUAAGGUAGUUCUGCACGAUUAAACACCGGAAGUGAUAGCGCAACGUUAUUUAUCCAUUAAACACAGAAUACAGCCAGUGCUCGGCAUACAGGUAUACCGACACUAAAUAGGAAAAUGGCGCGAAAAAAAUGGUAGUUGCAUAAUGGCGGAUUUAAAUAGUUCUCAGGGUUUUCUGCUCUUCAGAGCUAUUUUCCUUAUUUCCUUUGCACAUUUUUGUCAGAAAUCACAUGACAGAUAUAUGCUUGACAUUUAGGAAGCAUUUUCAUAAUGAAAUGAUAGCAUGACAGAAUGUGUCAUUGAAAAUUAGGCCAUACACCACUACAAUUUGGGGUCUCAUUCUUUAGCUGAUUUUGCCGUAUGUGUGUUUUGACUGAAAUAUUUUUUUCUUCCAUCAUAUGACCCCCACUUUUCUUUUGAUUUUUAUUCAGCACUGACAAUAUACUUCAAGAAAAUGUAAGUUACAGACAUUUAAAAUGGGUCCUGAUAUGUGCUUCAGCCAUCGGAAAUUUGUCAAUUUUACAUAGAAUAAAGAAGGCCAGCUAUUUAGUGUGUUUGUCAGAAUAAUUUGUAUAUUUGAUGUAUUGCUAAUGUAACAUAUAAGCACAGAUAGUGUUCGACUCCCU